ACCACGGCCCUUCAUUUCUUCUACCUCAAAGCCAUGUCCUACCCCAGUGAGGCGAUAUAUUCUCACAUCGAGACAAUGGACCGUGCACAACGCAGAGAAUACCGUAACCAACUUUUCAACGAAGCCAUACACCUCAAGCUCAAGCGUGAAAUAGAACUCAUUAUGUCCUAUCAACUUAUCCAGAUCAUGCGAUCCGCCCAAGACGAAAUAGCCCAGUCUAAAAGCUAUCGACAGAAGCGAUCUCUUCUUCGCCAACUGGCGGCAACACUCGAGGACUUCAAGCCAGGAAUACGUGAAACGUUUGGUGAAGACUCUGAGGCAUACCAGCAUCUGCUUCUGGAAGAACAACUGCUCUGUCAUCAGUGA